AUGGAUGGCAACUCCCACUCCAACGCCAACAGCAACGAAAACAAUGAAAGCACACCCCUGUUAGCCGCCGCCGCCGCCGCCUCUUCCUCGGCACACAGCCGACCGCGGAAUCCGAGGACGGUCACCUUCAGCGCCGAUCCCGUGACCAAGACCUUUCAGCCCGACUCGAACCCCGUCCACGCCAGCCGAUCCCAGCAUGUCUCGAACGGUAGUCAUGCCGUAAUCGGCUCCGGUGGCACGUCCGCUCCCCCCGUGCUCGCCGCCUUAAACAAUAAGUUGCGCCGGCGGAACAGUCACGGGGCCUUGCAGUCUGCGCUCCACAGUCCUGUCGGGGCCAAGAUUGGGCCGCAGAGGAGCACGAAGAAGACGGAGAAGCUCAAGCUUCUUCCCAACCCCGAUAUCGAGGAUGGCGAAGAUGAGGAGAGCGGUCGAGAGGUCUACUCGCAGUACACCCGCAUCAAGGACCCCACCGCGAGGAGAGAUGCGGCGAGACUGGGCAAGGGGGACCGCAAUCGGCUCCCGCGCGUCACCGCCUACUGCACUGCGAACCGGUACGAAAUGGAUGCACUCAUGCGAUUCCUCAAGGGUCGCGGCAAGACCCGCGGCGCCAACCCCAAGCUCAUCGACGAGUGCAUAUACACGCCGUACGCCUAUGGCCACCCGGGCAAGGGCCACGAUGUUUCCUUCCCGGUGCACGAACGACGGCAUUCCACCGGCGGCGAAAGGUUUAGCGACGAGGUGAGCCGGGAGCAAUUUCGCACCGGCCUUCGUCAAGAGUCCAGGUACGACUCCGGCUACGGAGGCGACUUUCCAGCCGACGGCACUGAUCCGGACGCGGAUGUUCGUCAUCUCAGCGGCGAAGUCUUGCUCGGGCCCAGUGUUUCCGGCCACAUUCCCGCGGCCGAGGCCGUGCCGGACUUUGACACGCAGAUCCACACGCCCGAGGUCUUUCUGUUCGAUUACGGCGUCGUCGUAAUAUGGGGCAUGACGGAGGCGCACGAGUCCCGGUUCCUGAAGGACAUUUCCAAGUUUGAGCUUGAGAAGCUCGCACCAGAUGAUGUGGAGACGGAGCAUUUCAACUUCUACUACACCCGCGAAUACCAGGCGCGGAUAUACAAUGACUUUAUCACGCUAAGAGAUAAGAACAAUUACAUGACGAAGCUGGCUAUAUCACACGCGCUGGCGCAGAGUGUCAAGACGUCGCUAUUCGAGGAGCUGAUUGCCUCCACCAUCGAUACUUGCAAGGACAUCCCGACUCAGAUUGCCCUGACAGGCAAGAUCAACCUCAGCCGCUCGCAGAUUAACAUGCAGAUAGGCGAGCUAUUCAUCCUCCGCAUCAGCAUCCACCUCAACGGAUCUGUGCUGGACACCCCCGAGCUGUUCUGGGCCGAACCGCAACUGGAGCCCGUGUACCAGGCAGUGAGGAGCUAUCUGGAGAUGGACCAGCGCGUCGGUUUGCUUACCGAGCGCUUGGACGUCAUCGCCGACCUUCUCGCCGUGCUGAAGGAUCAGCUAAGCCAUGGCCACGGUGAGAAGCUUGAAUGGAUUGUUAUCGUACUUAUCGCCAUGGAGAUUGUUGUUGCAGCUGUCAAUAUAGUAGUGGAUCUUUAUGCUGGCGAAAUUUAA